CGCUAUACGCAACUCGCGCGAUUGGCACGCGUAUUUUGUAUUUUAUAUUAAUUAUAUUGUUCUAAAGUAAUAAAUCAAGUGUACUUGGAUAGAAUCAACGCUUAUUUCUCUGUUUAAUUACCAGAACAUUAUCUUAACCAAACUUUGGAAAUUGUGGAAACAUUGGAUUAAAAUUGACACUGAUUAGAUAUCAUCAUGAGCAGUUCCGAAGGCAGUACUUCAACACCCAACGAGGGUUUACCAAGCGCAACACUGACGUAUCUUACGUCCACCAUAGAUGACCUCUUUGACGCCAACAUCGAUAUCAAUGCUGGAAUCAAACCAUCCGGUUUGACGAUCCUCGCCAAGGCCGAUGUGGAGAGCCUCAUCAAGUCGAGUAACGCCAUGGCUGCCCAGUUGAGGGAAGAACGCGUGACCACGCAUUCACUGCGCUUGGGCUCCACCCAAUCCCUAUCUUCGUCAACAGAACCAAGUUUUAGACAGAUAGAGAAAUUGUAUGACUCAUUGCUGACGGUCACCAACGAAAAGUCGUCGUUGACAGACCAACUGGCCAAAACCAAAGAAGAAUUGCGUCACUGCAAACAACAAGUGGACAAAUUACAAACGAAAGGAGAAAAGCUCCAAGACAAAUAUGAAGCGCUACAAGAGGAUUACGAUUACGCGGCCUACGAUGCAAAGCUGGCCAAACGAUACAAGGAUAUAUUCCGAGAAACUUUGUCAGAUGUUUAUCGCGCAGUAGCGGAAUUACGUGAACUGCAACGACGUCCAAGGGCUGAACAAGGAUGCCUGAACUGUGGGAUUCCAGGCCAUAGUUACAGGUCAUGCACGAAGCCCUAUUCUGGAAAAUUCUGCCAAAAGUGCGCACAUCCCGAUUUUUCAACAAGCGAAUGUCCUUGGCCUCAUUUCGUAAAUGGACCACCUGGGAUACCAGAGCACCUCAAAUGCAAGAGAUGCUGGGGACCACUUAACGCUCCAGAUACGAAAUGCAUUGAGUGCAUUAGAAGAAUGAUGGCCGACAAUCUACAAGCGCGCCAUACCCUUGCUUUGCGCCUUGAGCAGCAAUCUUCGCCAUCCACUGCCAAAAAAGCAAUAGGCCCACCUGGAAGUAACAGGACACGAUCAAUUCCUCCACAAACCCCCCAAGUGGUUGGAGGAUUACAACGCGCAAAUGAAUCAAACGCCUCUGAGUUCGAGACAAACUAUUGUUACCCGGCUGACUACGCUCUCCACAAAGCCCUAAAUGAGGACAAGGAGGAACCGAUUAACGAUGGUGACGAAAAUCCGGCCGUCCACAAUCAGGAAUCGACCGAUACCCCGCAAGAAUAGUGCGUCUCAAUGUUCAAACAACUAAAAGUUGUUAAUUACGCCGUUGCGCAUUGAUCUGUGUGUUUUCUUUCUUUUUAAAAAAGAAAAGAAAAAAAAAAUCUUUCUAAAUAAAUAAAUAAUUUCUUUCCUUUCGCGCCGUUGCGCGUUAUAUAUAAUACAUUGUUUUCUUUUUUUUGGUUACUAUAAAUGCGCCGUCGCGUAUUAACAUUAUUAUAUUUUUAGUCACUUCGUUGCGCCUUUGUGCGCCAAUAGUAUUAUAUUUUUGUUUGUGUUUCACACACGCCGUAAUACGCCAUCAAAGACUGUGGUUAUCGCAUUAUUCCAAAUAUUAAGGAUAAGCCUCGUAAUAUACUAUAGUACAUUAAAUAACACGUUUGUAAUUGGUCUAUCGACGCAGCGCAACUACCUCAUCUAAAUGAGACUGAUUAAUGUAGUUAAUAAACGAAGAAUGAUAAUUAAAUUAUUAACUGUUAUUCGUUCAUUGAUAAUCAUCAUAUCAUAGAGAGCAUAUGCGAGACCCAAUAAUGUUUAUAUAUUAUAUUCUUUUAAGACUAAAUAAGGUAAAAAGUUCCUUUUUAAUAUUGAAUUUCACUUAGGAUAAAUGAUGCUAAAGAGGCAAACUAAUAGCAAGCAGAUUCACUCCUUUGAGAGGGAUAAUCAACUAGACGUAAGGAAGUAAAACGAAGGAAUGUUUAUUAUUGAAAAACAACCGAUAACAACAAUUUAGAAGGGGGGAAUUGUAACGAACAAGAUCGUUUUUAAUUAAUUGGCCAAUAAUUGUUAUUGUCGGUGGUUUUAUUAUUAUUCUCUUUUAAUAAUAUUAUUCAAAUCAAAUGAGAUUGCGCGCGUAAAAACGUAGGUGGCGCUCGACUUUAUAGCAGCCGACAAAAGCACGUUUCUGAUUUUGGCGAACGAAAUAAUCAGAUGAGAGCGAACUACAACGCUAUACGUAACUCGCGCGAUUGUCACGCGUAUUUUGUAUUUUAUAUUAAUUAUAUUGUUCUAAAGUAAUAAAUCAAGUGUACUUGGAUAGAAUCAACGCUUAUUUCUCUGUUUAAUUACCAGAACAUUAUCUUAUCCAAACUUUGGAAAUUGUGGAAACAUUGGAUUAAAAUCGACACUGGUGAGUCUUUUUGUUUAUCCCUUCUGCUUGCUGUACUUUCAUUGUUGGAUCUCGCUUAUGCACGGUAACCAGUGUCAUCAACGCAAUCAAGGCAAUG